AUGGAAGCGGUGACAGAAGAGCCUGAGCAGGAGGAGCCUGAGCAGGAGGAAGGCGAGCAGGAGGAGCCGGAACCCCAGGAGCCAGAGCAGGAGGAGCGUGAGCAGGAGGAGCCCGAGCAGGAGGAGCCCAAGCGGGAGGAGCGUGAGCAGGAGGAGCCCGAGCAGGAGGAGCCCCAGCCCCAGGAGCCCGAGCAGGAGGAGCCAGGGCUGGAGGCAUCAGGGCCAGCAGAGACGGACCUGGAGGCGGAGGCCCAGGCUCUACAGCUGAGGGGCAGGCGACAGUACCUGCGACGCACCUGGUACAACCUGCUGCAGCUGCAGGAGCGGGAAUACAUUUUUCAACCCGUUCAGUACCCCAAUAUUACAGCGAGGAGGGAGCUUGCAAGACGCAUGCAUGUGACUGACGCCAGAGUGCAGGUUUGGUUUAGGAAUAGGAGAGCCAGGUGGAGGAGAGGCCAGAGGGCAUGCAGGAUCAGAAACGUGCCCCCCGUGGUCCAGAGCCAGCCUGUCGUCAUCUUCUAUGGUGUCUUCCUGAAUCAGCCACACUGGAUCUGUGUUCCCCAGGUCCCGCUGCUGCUCUGGCCUCCGCCGCUGGUCGUGCCGCUCUUUGUCUAUCCUCCAAUGGCCUUGCUUCUCCCGGCUGUGGGUCCCGAUGGCCUGACCUGUUUCCUUAUGAUCUACUGGGUUUUCGUAGCCCCCCCUGUCUGAGGAAUGUUCUCUGACAUUUCUCUCCGGGUGGUUUGGGGCCAGGUUCACAUGUCCCAGAGCCCCGCACCACGAGCAGUUGACCUAUGACU